AUGAGAGCUCUCGCCUGGUUGUUGCUGCUGCUUGGCAGCAUCCACGCCCUCGCCGCAUCAGGCUCCCCUACGGAUGGCGCAUCCGUGCCCUGGGAUAUCUCCAAGCCCCUCAACGGCAUCACCUUCGAGCGAGUCAAGGCCGUGAAGCCACCCACUCCCGAUCGCCCAGCACCUCGCUUCUCCCGGCUCCACAACAUCAAGGGCAGGCCUGGAUCCUUCACCUCCGUCUCAGCUCAUGGCCGGCUGCUGAGAUCUCCGCCCGCGCACCACAAGCAUGUGUACCAGAACAUCAGCAGCGCCGGUGACUUCUCGACUCAGUAUGCGAUCCAGUGCGGUUGGGAUGGCGUCCCGCUCUGGCUGCUUUUUGACACGGGCAGCUCAGACACGUGGGCCGUGAAGACCGGUUUUCGUUGCAAUGACGGAGUCGGAGGCGGCGACGACCAGGAGGCUUGCGGAUUUGGCUCGCCAACCGUCAGCGACUUUAGUGGCGGGGCUAUUGAAGACCUUCACUUCCUCCUCAAGUAUGGCUCUGGCGAGAAGAUUGUCGGCCCCAUGGGCUAUAGCGACCUUGCUUGCGGAGGUGUCCAUGUGCCGAACCAGCAGGUUGGCCUCGCCAACGACACGUACUGGCAUGGGAAUAACUUCACCGUUGGCAUCCUCGGACUUGCUUAUCCCUCCCUCACCAGCGCGUUUUACGGAGAUGUUGGUACCGAGGCUUCGUGGAACGCCAUCUCUUACACACCGUUCUUGACCAAUGCCAUUGCGCAGGGCACAAUCGAUCCGGUUUUCAGCGUGGCUAUUCUGAAGAACUCGUCCGAGGGCAUGCUCGCCUGGGGCGGGCUUCCACCCAUCGAUUGGCGGCGUGGUAGAUACGCUGAAACCGACCUCAUAAUUGCAAACCUGAUCGGCCAGUCAGAAACAGCGUGGAGAUACUCGUUCUACACCAUUAUUCCUGAUGGCGUGCGAUGGGCGCAGUCCACGGACACCACCAAGUUUCCGUACAUUGUCGACACUGGCACGACGAUGAACUAUCUUCCGCCCCCAUUGGCUGAGGCAAUCGCCAUGGCCUUCCAGCCGAAGGCGGUUUACUUGUAUCAGUGGGGAGCGUACUUUGCGCCUUGCAACGCGAUUCCCCCUCGUUUCGCCAUCAUCAUCUCUGGGGUGGAAUUCCGGAUCAACCCCGCGGACCUCAUGUACCAGGAUCUCAAGGAUCCCCUAACGGGGUAUUGCGCUGUGGCCAUUGCCAGUGGAGGGGCCGGUCCUUAUAUUCUGGGUGAUGUGUUCCUCCAGAACGUGGUGGCCGUCUUUGACGUUGGAGCCGCCCAGAUGCGCUUCUACUCGAGGUAG